GGAACUGUCGACUUCUGGCUCAGUCUUAUGUGUGCGCGCAUUGCAUCCUACAGCUUUUGCCAGUGCGUAAUAGUAACAAAGUCGUGUUAUGAACUGUUUGUUUAAUUUUUAUAUGGAAAAGGAUACCAUAAUACAAUUGUUGGUGAUUGAAUGGAGGAAUUUGGAAGGAAGUUAUUUUAUUUUUCUGUCCCAAUAAUGCACGACUGAUCCAUCGUCCAUAAUGGCGAUCCUAACGGCGGUCACAGCAGCCACCAAGUCCGCUCUGACCAUCGCUGGCAUCAGCAAAUUAACUUUUAUCCCGGUCAUGCUGGCUGCAAUGGCUUACUUUAACUACGAAUUACUAGACCCUGAAAGUCGUCCUUUCAACCAAAAAUAUCUAAGAGAAGAAUAUGACUUUGUCAUUGUUGGUGGAGGAUCUGCGGGAUCUGUUCUAGCAAACCGAUUGAGUGAAAUUGAGGGAUGGAAUGUCUUGCUUUUGGAAGCUGGAGGACAUGAAACAGAUAUCAGUGAUGUUCCAUUACUGUCUUUGUAUCUUCAUAGGAGUAAAAUGGAUUGGAAGUAUCGUACUCAGCCUCAAGAUUCCGCCUGCCAAGCUAUGGUCGACAAGCGUUGCAGUUGGACCAAAGGCAAAGUUCUAGGAGGAUCUUCUGUUCUCAAUACGAUGCUCUAUAUCAGAGGAAAUCGACGGGACUUCGACCAAUGGGAGUCGUUUGGCAACACUGGAUGGGGAUACGAUGACAUCUUACCUUACUUUAAGAAGUCACAAGACCAAAGAAAUCCUUACUUAGCUAAAAAUACAAAAUAUCACAGUACAGGUGGUUUUUUGACCGUGCAAGACGCUCCAUACAACACGCCUAUUGGCGCAGCUUUUAUACAAGCUGGCGAAGAAAUGGGCUAUGACGUUCUCGACGUUAACGGCGAAAAGCAAACCGGUUACGCUUGGUACCAGUUCACCAUGCGAAGAGGGACUAGGUGCUCAACAGCUAAAGCCUUUUUAAGGCCUGUGAGACUUCGGCAGAACCUUCACGUCGCUCUUUUUUCACAUGUCACCAAAGUGCUCAUAGACAAAGAAAGCAAACGAGCUUUCGGAGUUGAAUUUUUGCGAUAUGGAGAACAUCAAAUUGUAUAUGCUAAGAGAGAAGUGAUACUUGCAGCCGGAUCGAUUGGUUCACCACAGUUGCUUAUGCUUUCUGGAGUUGGACCAGACGAACAUUUGAAAGAAGUUGGCAUAGAAACCAUUCACAAUUCUCCUGGAGUAGGAAAAAAUCUUCAAGAUCAUAUCGCUAUAGGCGGACUUGUCUUUCGUAUAGAUUAUCCCAUUAGUUUGGUGAUGAACAGACUAGUUAAUAUUAAUUCUGCUCUACGUUACGCAGUCACUGAAGACGGUCCGUUGACUUCAAGUAUAGGUUUAGAAGUUGUUGCUUUCAUAAAUACGAAAUAUGCAAAUGCUUCAGAUGAUUGGCCGGAUAUUGAAUUCAUGAUGACGUCGGCCUCUACUCCUUCUGAUGGUGGGACUCAAGUCAAAAGAGCUCAUGGUCUUACAGACGAAUUCUACAAUGAAGUAUUUGGAGAAAUAACUAAUACGGAUGUCUUUGGCAUAUUUCCUAUGAUGUUGCGUCCCAAAAGCAGAGGUUUCAUCAAACUGCGAUCGAAGAAUCCUUUAGACUAUCCGAUAAUGAUUCAUAAUUACUUAACGCACCCUGAUGAUGUAGGAGUAUUGAGAGAAGGGGUUAAAGCUGCUGUAGCUGUUGCAGAGACGAAGGCAAUGAAAAGAUUGGGAGCCAGAUUCCAUGAUAAACCUUUACCGAAUUGCAAGCAUCUUCCAUUGUACACAGAUGAAUAUUGGGAUUGCCUGAUUCGUCAGUAUACUAUGACUAUAUACCAUGUUUCGUGUACAGCGAAGAUGGGGCCUGAAAGUGAUCCAAUGGCGGUAGUAGAUCCUCAAUUACGAGUGUAUGGUAUAGAAGGUCUUAGAGUUAUAGACGCUAGUAUAAUGCCCACUAUUACGAACGGUAAUAUCAACGCUCCUACUAUCAUGAUAGCUGAGAAAGGAGCAGAUAUGAUUAAAAUGGCUUGGUUGCCGAAGAAGAGAAGACGAAGAACUUUAAAAUGUCAUAAAACUGAGCAGUUAGGAUUACGUUUAAAUAAUAAAACUCCUUUAAGCAGCAUUGCAAGAUGACAAAGAUAUUUAAAAAAAUAGUGAGGAAUGAAGGCCACAAUACAGAUAUACAAAUUACCAAAUUUUAUUGACAAAAAUGUUAUGAAACCAAUUUCUUCAAUUAACGACUCUCAAACAUUAAUGACAAAAGACAAUUGUAUCGUCCGCUUUUACGGGUCAAUUUGUAACUUUACAUGAAGUUUUUUUAUCGUUUAAGUUAAUCGGUGAUAGUUCAAGAUUUCAGUUUUUUGCAGAUUUUGUUAACUUUAUUUCUAGUCUUGAUUUUUGUAAAA